CACACUGUGGGGUAAUACAGAAUUAAUCUGCAAUGAGCUUUUGUUUUCAGAAUGAAACCAGUUUCUCAAGAAAGCCCGUUUUAGGGGCAAAAAGGUCUAGAUUUGUGUGGAUUACAUAGGAAAAAAGUAGUCUCCAUUUAUUCUAGAAGGGAUUUUGUGUACAUUGCCUGAGGCAGGGAUGGGGAACCUGUGGCACUCCAAAUGCUACUCUCCCAUCAUCCUAGACCAUUGGCCAUGAUGACUGGAAAAGUUAUAGGAAUUAUGUCAGUGCCUGUAGAGUGUGAUAUGAGGAGGAUGGGCUGUAAGGAGCAACGAGAAGAUGGACUCAAAUGAAGACCAAAUGAUGGUGAAGAAAGGAAGAGGGAAGAACUGAGCAUGGCUAUUUGUGGCCCUGUGCUCAGCUUACAGGAAACAAGAGUUCAAAAAGCACCUCUGCCUUUUGCUAUGCCUUCUGAUGGUAAAAGAGAAAACUGGCCUUUAUUUAAGAAUGUGUUGCAGAUGGCUUGCCAAAGCCUUGCAGAACUGUUGAUCUUAAACACACACAAAUGCUGAAUCCGCCUCAUGGAGAAUAAAAGUUUCUGGUUGUAAAUGUUGAUUUCCAUUAUUUGAGGCCGAAGGUCCAUGUUUAGGUAACCAAUUGAAUAUUAAAAGUGUUCUGGGGUUUAUACGUUGAAGCUUCACUGGGCCAUGUCCCCAAAUUUACAAGAAAUAAAAAAGGAUAAUUUUUAAGAACUGGAGGAGCCUGUGAGCUCAUCAGCAUAUUGCAAUGAAAAACCUUCACUAGAUGUGUAAGUUUUCAUCUCACCUCUGCUCGCUCACCCAACAUUUUCCGUUUGCAAGCUUGUUUUGAAAAGUAUGCUGGAAUCCACUUUAUGUGCUUAUGCGUGUGUCUGUCUUUUUAACCUCUGAACGUUGAACUUGAAAGUGUCUUCUCCUUUGUGACUAUGGGCUCCAAGAAAGGAAAUGCACAGAUUCUCAUUCAUAAUAAUGAUGAGCAGUUUUAUUUUAAACCACAUUGGUGAUCUGGCAGCUUGGCUUCCGUGCUGGCAUUUCAUUACAGAGACAAAGACAGAACUGACACCACCAUGGCAGAGAAGUGCAAUUACAUCGCAAACAUGUAUGGCUAUGACUUGGGCUGCCGUUUCAUCAACUUCAGACCUCUGGGCUUUGGAGUGAAUGGGCUUGUCCUGUCGGCGGUCGACAGUGAAAGCUGCCGGAAGGUGGCCGUGAAGAAGAUCACUGUCAAUGAUGCCCAGAGCAUGAAGCAUGCCUUCCGGGAGAUCAAGAUUAUUCGUCGGUUGGACCACGACAACAUUGUGAAGGUCUAUGAGGUGCUGGGACCUAAAGGAGCAGACCUUCAAGGGGAGUUAUUCAAAUUUAACAUGGUAUACGUAAUCCAGGAAUAUAUGGAGACCGAUUUGGCUCGUCUGCUCGAGCAAGGACCACUCUCCGAGGAGCAUGCCAAACUUUUCAUGUACCAAUUGCUCAGAGGCUUGAAGUACAUCCAUUCAGCUAACGUGUUGCAUAGGGACUUGAAGCCUGCCAACAUCUUUAUUAACACAGAAGAUUUGGUGUUGAAGAUUGGUGACUUUGGAUUAGCUAGGGUUGUGGACCAACAUUACUCACACAAGGGUUACCUGUCAGAAGGGUUGGUAACAAAAUGGUAUCGAUCUCCUCGCCUGCUCCUCUCACCAAACAACUACACCAAAGCCAUUGACAUGUGGGCAGCUGGUUGCAUUCUAGCAGAGAUGCUUAAAGGAAAGAUGCUUUUUGCUGGAAGCCACGAGUUGGAACAGAUGCAGCUCAUUUUGGAGACAAUCCCUGUUUUCCAUGAAGAGGACAAGGAGGAACUGCUCAAAGUGAUGCCGACAUUCAUCAACAGCACCUGGGAAGUGAAGAAGCCAUUACGGAAACUUCUUCCCGAAGUGAACACCAAAGCCAUUGAUUUCCUGGAGAAGAUUCUGACAUUCAAUCCCAUGGACCGGCUGACUGCAGAGAUGGCUCUUCAGCAUCCUUAUAUGAGCCCAUAUUACUGUCCUGAGGAUGAACCUGUUUCUCAGCAUCCUUUCCGGAUUGAAGACGAGAUUGAUGACAUUUUGCUGAUGGAAGCUAACCAAAGCCAGAUGUCCAAUUGGGACAGGUAUCAAGUGAGCUUAUCCUCUGAUUUGGAAUGGCGACAAGAGAAGUGCCACGAUUUGGAUGAGGUGCAACGUGACCCCCGAGCGGGAUCGGAAUCCAUUGCCGAGGAGGCUCAAGUGGAUCCACGCAAAUAUUCCCAGAGCAGCUCAGAGAGAUUCCUGGAGCAAUCACAUUCUUCGAUGGACCGGGCAUUCGAAGGGGAUUAUGGGCGAUCGUGCGAUUACAAAGUUGGGUCACCUUCCUACUUAGACAAGCUGCUAUGGAGGGACAACAAACUCCACCAUUAUUCAGAGCCCAAGCUCAUCUUAGACUUGUCCCACUGGAAAAGAGCAUCUAUUGCACCCACAGCGGAGUUAGCUUUGGAGGAGGAACCAUCCAAUCUAUUCCUAGAGAUAGCGCAGUGGGUGACUAGUACCCAGACGGGUCUCGAAUGCCCCAACCCUCUCCCGGAGAUUCAAGAACGGACCUUGCCAUCUUCUCCUCACCAUCUCCAUAAAGAAUCCAAGGAGGUCAACAGUGAAAGCGACCCUCAGUUUGAUUUGGAUGUCUUCAUUUCCAGAGCGUUAAAACUUUGCACAAAGCCUGAGGACCUGCCUGACAACAAGCUCAAAGACAUCAAUGGUGCAUGUCUAGCAGAACACCCUAAAGAGAUUGUACAGACCGAAGUGUAUCAUAAAGAGAGGUGGUAGAAAAUUAAACAUUCAUGGCUAAUCUUUCUACAAAUUCUUCCAUUUAUUGCACCAGUUACCCAAUACUGAAUGGCAACCAAGGUUUGAUUGCACAUGAAACAUGUCACCUCUUUAUCCAAUGUUAAUGAAAUGCCUUUAUGUUAAGGGCAAGCACAAGCAAAAUCCCCAAUCUAGAGGUGUGAAUGAAAUUUUGGGGGAUUCUUAUGCAGCCUUAACAAUCUUGCCUUGUACCUUCAGGAGCAUGUUUUGGACGUGAGUCCCCAGUGCAGAAGAGUCCUGGAUACAAAGGAUGCUAAAUUCUUAAUUUACAGAUAGGUUAUAUCAGUGUUGCUUUGAGAGUCAUAAGAUUGGAAGAAGACCCCUUUUCCUUAUGAUAACCAGGCACCCCGGUUUUUAGUGACAUCGUGCUUCGCAACGAUAUGGCACUUUUCCUGAGAGUCUAAAGCAUUUCACAAAUCACUUAGGGGAAGGGCUCUAGCUAAGUGGGAUUGCUCAUGCUUUGCAUGCAAAAAGUCUCAAAUUCAACCCUGUGCUUAUCCAGUUAAAAAGAUGAGGUGGCAAGUAAAGACCUCUCCCCUUGAGACCCUGGAGAGCCACUGCCACUCAGAGUAGACAACACUGGGCUAGAUGGACAAACAAGGAAGCUUCCAAUUUUCCACCCCAAUUUUUUGCAGGUGGAAAGCUCAUUGAAACCAGUGGAUUUGAAGGUGCACGCUUCAGCACCCUUACAAAAGCUACACAGGUCUGGGUUAGGUCCGUGCCUGGAUGGAAGACGACCACCUGGGAAACCCAUGCGUGUUGCCCUGAGCUUCACCAAUGAAGAAAGGCAGGGUAUAAAUGGCAUUAGUGAAAGCAGGGAAACAUGCUGGCAAACUAGACCCUGCAGCUGGCAGGAUUGAACUUCCUGCUCAUCAGCUGGUGAGCAAAGGGUUCAAUCCUGCUGGGUGCUGCUUCGCCAGUGUGUUCUCUGCAGGAAAUGUGUUGGUGAAGAAGACCCUGCAGCUGGCAGGAUUGAACUCCCUGCUCAUCAGCUGGCGAGCAAAGGGUUCAAUCCUGCCGGGUGCUGCUUCGCCAGUGUGUUCCCUGCAGGAAAUGUGCUGGUGAAGCUGGCAGGAUUGAACUCCCUGCUGAUCAGCUGGUGAGCAAAGGGUUCAAUCCUGCUGGGUGCUGCUUCACCAGUGUGUUCCCUGCAGCCAAUGGAACUCCAAGUGUCAACACCUGAUUUUGAGGAUCAAGGCACGAGUUCUUGUUGAGGUUUGUGUGCCACAGGUUUUUGUUUCUCAGGUCUUUAUCACAAGAUUCAGAGUUGCAAGAAUUCUAAACUUAUCGUUUUCCUUUAUGAUAUUGUCUUUACCGGGUUAUGCAUGCUGUUACAUUUUGAGGUCCCCAAUCCAACGGGAAAAAAUGUGGAUAUUGUGUACAUAUGUCCCAGCACUGAAAAUGGAGUGGGGGAACCUGUGCAGCCUUAGCCAUGUUACCAUUGCUCCCACCUCUGCACUGAUGGUAGGUGCUGCUCAAGACAACAUAAUUGGUUUGGACAUCUCAACCCUAAGAACAACAAGUACAAAACUUAUUUGGCCACGCAUUUCUCUUUGCUGGAUUGGGGCAAUGGUGUCAAGACUCUAGUCAGGCUUAGCAAGAGUCAGGCUCUAAGCCUGGGGUCUCCCACCCUCCCAAACCCUCAGACCCCCCCAUGGCAACCACAAAGGCCCUAGGUCAUUCUAGUUGUGUGUACAUUUUUGUUGUUGCUUGAUUAUUAUUUGCGUGUGUGUUUUUAUUUGUUUUGAGCUAUAUGUAGGUGUUUUGCCUGCAUUUUUUUUUUGUGGUGGCGGUUGAGCUUUGUGAGUUUUUCUCUUGUGACAUGGAUGUUCUGUGGUGCCCAUGACAGGCUGUCUUCACAUUACCAGUUUAAAACUCAGCUAGGUUCUUUUUCUCAAUUCAGAUUGAAGGUGGUUUGGUGUAAAAAGGAUCAAAACACAGGCUGCAUUCACACUGUACAUUUAUUCCAUUAUUACUCCACUUUCAACAAUCAUGGCUUUCCCCCAAAGUAUGCUGGGAACUGUAGUUUGUGACAGAUGCUGAGAGUUGUGAGGAGACCCUGUUCCCUCACAAGAGCUACAAUUUUCAGA